CAAUAAGCUGAAAGACGUAAAGAAUGGCGCAGAAUCAUGAUCUCUUAGAUAUUUUAGUGUCGAGUGUGUUUAUAUUUUUGUUAAGUGUGUCGAGACCGGCAAAAUUAUAAUUUUUAGAUAUAUAUAUUAAUUAUGGCAGGCUUAGAACUUUUAUCUGAUCAAGGUAUCAGAAUGGAUGGAAGACGUCCAGGUGAAUUAAGGAAAAUCGAAUGUAAACUCGGUGUUUCCGCUUCAGCAGAUGGCUCAGCUUAUUUAGAACAAGGAAACACUAAAGUUUUAGCAUCAGUCUACGGACCUCAUGACGUAACAGGAAGAAAGUCAAAAGCUCUGACUAAUAGAGCCUACAUCAACUGUCAAUACAAAACAGCUCCUUUUAGCAGCAGUUCAAGAAUUAGAGUUAGUCAUAGUGAUCGAAGGUCUCAAGAGAUGACAAUAGUUUUGCGCCAAGCCUUUGAAGCUACAAUACUUGCUAACCUGUAUCCAGGUUCUCAAAUCGACAUUUUUUUCCUGGUACUUCAUUCUGAUGGUGGUAACUGUAGUGCGUGUAUAAAUGCUGGGACAUUAGCUUUGAUUAAUGCAGGUAUACCUCUGAAAGAUUACCUGUGUGCAUGUUCUGCAGGCUUUGUAAAUGAAACACCUCUCAUGGAUGUAAAUCAUUUUGAAGCAAUAUUAGGUGGUGCCGAGCUUAAUUUAGCCAUACUGAAAAAAUCUCAAGCUAUUGUAUGUGAUGAGUUAACUGCCCGUUUGCAUCGAGACCAUAUGCCUAAAAUUCGACAGAUUGCCAUUGAGGGUUGUAAAGAUAUUUAUGCUAUUUUAGAUGCAGCAGUGCGGAAACAUGCAGUGCAGUCUCAAAUGUUAUAAUUAAACUCUCUUUUGUAUUGUAAUUAAAGAUUUAUAUUUGUAUGAA